AUGGCUGUACGGCUCUGUGCUCGAGCUUCGCUCAUACUUGCAGCUGUUGCUUGGAGAGUCGGCCGCAUUGGCGUUCUAGCUGCCGCGCAGAUCUUCUUCAUUUCCUUCACAGCGCAAUGUCUGGUAGUUUUGUGCUAUUGGGCCUUCAUCUAUCCUCAUUACAUAUCUCCCAUGCGCCAUCUUCCUACGCCAGAGGGAGGCCAUUUCCUUAUCGGGCAGAUGCUUAAUCAGAUUCUUACUCCUGGCCCAGCCGACAUGUUUCUGUCCUGGAUGCGCAGAUGGCCCGAGGCACCAUUUGUCCGAUACCUGUCGAUUGGCAAUUCGGAGACGCUCAUGGUCAACAGUCUCGCAGCCCUCAAGGAGGUACAGCAGACCAAGGCUUACUCAUUCCGCAAGUCACAACUAGCUUGUCGGAUGUUCUCGCCCAUCACAGGCCAUGGCCUCAUGUUCUCUGAGGGAGAUGAGCGGAAGAGGCAGCGGACGCAGCUUGCCAAGGCUUUCUCGAACCAGAAUACUCGGAAAAUGCUCCCUGUCUUUCAACUGAAGGCAAGACAACUUUGCGAGGCAAUCAGCCAAGACCUGGGUGGCGAAGAUCGCAAGGUCAUUGAAGUCGAACGCUUCAUCAAGAAAGCUACCCUUGAUGCUUUUGUUAUCGGUUCGAUUGGCUGUGAUCUUGAGAGUAUCUCGCUACCCGAAGCACACUUCUACGAUGUGUACGAGCGCAUAAUCCGCCAACCGGCGCUGGGACAUCUUAUCACAUUUAUCGACGGCCAUAUUCCUCUUCGUUCGUGGCUGCCGCUCAAGAGUAACAAAAAGUGGCUCAGAGACCUAGCUCUCAUUCGUACCAUGCUCCUGAACUGUGUCGGUAAUCGCCUAAUGGAGACGAAGAAAGACAAAGAAAGGCUCAGGGGGUUGAAGUCUGAGCGACGGGAUAUUCUGACUUUCAUUCUCGAAGAAUGCCAGUUUGAUGAGAAGGAAAGGGAGUGGACUGAUUUGGAGCUUUUGGAAUAUAUGCUCAAUUUUAUCGCUGGGGGCCACGAGACGACAGGAUCUACUAUAAUGUGGAUUACAUAUGUCCUAGCCACAAUGCCGAGUGUUCAAGAGCGCCUGAAGCGGGAAAUCUCCGAGCUCGCCGCCCGUAAACCGCCAGGCUGGGAGCCUACUUAUGAGGAGAUUGAGCACCUUUCCUACGUCAACGGCUUUCUUCGUGAAGUUUUGAGAUAUUACUCGCCAGCCAUCUUUCUGCCCCGUGAAACAGUAGAAGAUGUCACAGUAUGCGGCAUCUUCAUCCCCAAAGGCACACAAAUCACACUCUGCCCAGCAGUUGCCCACUUCAAUCCGCUUGUAUGGGGUCCUGAUGCCGAAGUAUUCGAUCCAGACCGCUGGUCGGAUGGACGUGCGGCCAAAGAUUCGUACGCGAUGGAGGCGUUCCUCCAAGGUUCUUCAGGGUGCAUUGCAAGGAAUAUGGCGCUUUUGAAUGUCAAGACCGUCAUUGUUGAACUUGUUCGGAGUUUUAAAUUUUCACCGCAGCCAGGCUACGAUGGUGUGCUGAAGCUCUCGAACCCAAACUUCACGCUUCGGCCAAAAUAUACGCUGAGAAUCGUGGCGGAGAGGGAGAUGAAUACUGAGUUGUCUGUCGGUUUGGGAUACUGA